AUGACGAGUUUAAGUGAAAACGAUCGGAAGAAUGAAAUUAACAUUGAUUCAAAGCAAUGUGCUAUUGAAAAUGAACAUUCAUCAUUAAAUAAUAAUGAUUUAUUAUUAAUAACAACAGUUACACAAAAGUCAUCAGAUAGUGAUCAAAAACAAGAAGAACUCAAUGAAAAGGGGCAAAGUAAUGAUUUAAUGUAUGAAAAAGACGAGACUAAUAUAACAAAUGGAAUUAACAAUAAUGAUGCUUUAGCAAAUACUAGUCCGUCAAUAGUCACUACCGAUGAAGAACAAAAACAACAACUAAAAGAGGCAACAGAAACAACAGUUCAUCACGAUGAAAAUGAAAAUGGACCAAGAAAAUCAUUUAAUUCAAAAUUUAAAUAUUCAUCUAUUCCAUAUCAUCGUACACCAUAUUAUACACAUGGUCAUCCAUAUGGACCUACGCCUUAUUAUUAUUAUCCAAUACCACCAUCAUUAAUAGAAAAACCAACACCAUUAAUGUUUAUCCCAACAUUACAAUCAUCAUCAUCAUCACAAAUAUCAUCAUCAUCAUCACCAUCAUCAUCACGAGAUAAUCAAAGUGGUAAUUCAACAACAAUAUCUCCUCAAAAUUUACCACCACGUUUAAGACAAACAUCAACAACUGAGAAUGAAUCGAAUUUACAAGUGUCAACAACAACAUCACAAUCAACACCAUCAUCAUCAACAAUAACAAAUGGUCGUCGUCAUCAUCGUAGUAUAUUACCACGUGCUAGUAGUAAUUAUCAUUCUUCACAUUUACCGCCACCAUUAAUGGCGACACCACCCGGUGUUCUUUAUACUUAUCCGCCUGCCGUCCAUCAAUCAGGUCAUAUCGCAUAUAAUAUUCGUCCAGUAGAUGAAUUUGAAUAUCUUGCUUAUCAACAACAAAUGAUGAAUCUACCGCCAACACCACUUCUUUGGCCACCACCAACACCCAUAACACAUCAUGGUCAUCCAUAUUUUCCAUCAUAUUCAAUGAAUGGACCAUCAUCAACAUAUAUGUUUAAUGAUAUAACAAUGAAUCAAUUAACAAAUUCGUUUUUAAAUCCUGAAGCUGCUGAAUGGGUUCCCUUACAAAAUGAUAAUGAAUCAUCAUCGUCAUCAUCAUCAUCAUCAUCAGAUAAUAAUAUUUUAAUUAAUGAUGAAAACCAUUUUCCUCCAUUAAAUAGCACUACAAUAAAUAAUACUCAAACAGUAUCAAAUACUAACGAUCAUAUAGAAGAUAAUUCAGAACAAAUAGAUACUUCAUCUGAAAUACCUUCAGCUAAUAAUGAUAAUGAUAAUACAAAUGAUAAUUCACAAAUACAAACAGAUAAUUCAAACGUCGUCUCAUCUCAAUCGAAUUCAAAGAUUGAAUCAGCAAAUACAUCAUCAUCUAGUCAAGAUGAUAAUAAUAAACCAUUAUCAUCAUCUCCAAUUAAAGUCACACCUAUGACAUAUUCAACAAUAAUUUCUCAAACAUCUGAAAAUAAUAAAUCAAAUAAAACUAAUACUAAUACUCAACAACAACAACGUCAUCAACCUCAACAACAAUCAACAAAUCAUAUUCAUAAUCAAUUACCACCAAGAGAUAGAACAACUAAACAACAACAACAACAACGAACACAAAAUAAUACUUCAUCAUCAUCAUCAUCUUCAAAUACAAAUUCUAAUCGUCGUCAAUCAUUUAAUAAUAAUCGCAAGAAUAAUCAAAAUUCUCUUUCAUCUGAAACUAAUUCGCUUCUGAAACAACCACAACAACAACAACAACAAAUAAAUGAUGAGUGGAUUGAAGUAAAAUCUAAAAAAACAAAAAAAUUUGAUCGUAUUAUAAAUGAAAAUUUAUCAGAAAAAUUAAUAUUAGAUGAACAAAUACAUAAAUCUAUAUCACCACCAUUAUCAUUAACAUCAACUGGUGAAAAUACAACAACAACAACAUUUACAUCUGAAGAUGAUUUUGAUGAAAAAGAUAAUAAUGAUCUUGUUAUUAUUAUGGAUAAUCGUGUAACAAAUGAUUAUAAUCAAACUAUUGUUGAUGAUAUACAUAGAAGACUUGAUAAUAAUGAACGAUUAUUAAUUAUUAUGAGAGGAUGUCCUGGUUCAGGAAAAUCAACGUUAGCUAAGUCACUGAAACAUGGUUAUAAUGGUCUGAUACUUUCAGCAGAUGAUUAUUUCGCAGAUAAUAAUUUAAACAAAUAUAUAUUUGAUUCAAAUAAACUAGAUGAGGCACAUCGAUAUACUUCUCGACAAGCAUCAGUUGCAUUAAAACGGAAUAUAUCUCCAAUUAUAAUCGAUAAUACAAAUACACAAGCAUGGGAAAUGAAACCAUAUGUUACAAUGGGCAAAGAAGCUGGUUAUGAUAUUCUUUUAGUUGAACCUCAAACUCCAUGGCGUUAUAAAGCUCGAGAAUUAUUCAAACGAAACGUUCAUAAUUUACCUCUACGACGUAUAAAAGAAAUGUUAAAUCGUUUUGAACAUAAUGUUACAGUUCAAAGUAUAAUUAAUCAAAUUCCAUCAAUGGCAGUAACAAAUAAUUCAACAACAACUGAACAACAAAAUGUUGAUAAAAAUAACGAAAUAGUUGAUUCAUUAUGUACAUCAAAAAAGUUGUAUGAUAUUAUUGAUGAUUCAUUAAUUGUUGAUGAUGUACGUCUUUGUAUAAAUGAUAUGAUAUUAUUUUUAACAUCAAAUUUUUAUCAAACAACAUUAUUAUCAUCAACAUCAAUAUUAACAACAACAACAACAACAGCUGCAACAACAUCACAACCUUCAACACCAUUAUCAGUUUCAUUUCAUGAUUUUUCAUUACUAUCAUCAUCAUCAACAACAACAUCAGCACCAUCAACACCUUCAACACCACAUGCACGUUUUCAUCGUCCAUUAACACGUUUUUCUUCAACAACAAAUCAAGAUCAUUCGUAUAAUACUGAACAUAUCUUACGCUUACCAACAUCAACUUUUUCACGUUGUAUUGAUGCAACAAAUUUAACGCAACCAUUAUCAAUACAAUCAAGUAUUAUAGGAAAAAAACGACGAAAAAAUAAAAAUAAACAACAAUCUAAUGAAAUUUUAUUAAAUGUAAAUAAUAAUAAUAAUAAUAUGGAAAAUGAAGAAAAAAAUCUACAACAUCAACAACAACCAACUUUUGAUGUUAUUCUUCCUGAAGAAUGUUCUGACUUUGUUGUUAUAGAUGAAAAGCAUGAUAAUGAUUGGAUUGAUAAUGUUAAUAGAAAUUUUGGUCUACAAAUUAAUUCUCUAAAAGAUCAUUCAUCAACACUAUCUCAUAAACAAAAACAAAUAAUUAAUACUACAAAUUGUGAAUUAUUAAAUAUUAUUCAUAAUGAAUUAAAUAUACCUUCACAUAGUUCAUGUAUAUCAACAAAACACAUUGCUAUACAAUGUUCAUCGAAUGAUUUUAAUUCACAAAUAAAUCAUUCCGAUCGGAUAUUAAUUGGUCAUUUAUCAUCUCAUUCUACUCAAUUUAUAAUAACAUCAUCAUUAUCACCACUUCCUGGUUAUAAUGAAUGUGGUAUACAAGUCGAUUUAAUUGAUAAUAAUAUUGAUUUAUUAAUUGAUAUCUAUGCAAAUCGUUUAUCAUCUGAAACAAUACAACAAUUUUAUGAAGUUUGUCAUUCAGAUAUUCAAUGGACACGAACACAAAUUGAUGAAUAUCUUCAACAUCAUAAUGUAAAACAAACACAUAUUUCAACACUUCGACAAUUAUGUUUAAAUGUAUUAAAUCAAUGGAAUGAACAAAUUAAAUCUACAAAUCCAUUAGUUGAUACAAACUCAAUUGAUGAUUUACUUCAAGAUAUAAAUGAUGAUGAAAUAUUUGAAGAAUUAACAUUAAAUAAUACAAAUAUUGAAUUUAUUGAUACAAAUCAAAUAAGUAUUCCUUCAACAGUUAUUAAUUCAUUAGAAGAAUUAUAUGGAGAAUUACCAACUAAAUCUACAGUAUUAUCAAAUAACAAUAGUAUAUUAUUACCAUUAGAUGAUGAUUUAUCAAUAAGUAUUUAUCAAGCUUUACAAAGAUUUUUAAUCAAAUCAAAUCAAACAAUAAAACCGGUGAUUGAAAAUCGAAUAAAAAAAGAAAAUACAAAAACAAAGAAAAAUCAUAUUCAACAAUGGAAAUUACCAUCAGAAAAUCAAUUCAAUUCUGAUAUAAAUACUAAUCAUAUACCAUCAUUUAGACAAAUUAUGAAUGAAGAACAACAAGCAGUUAAAUCUCAAAAAUCAAAACAGAACCGACAACUUGAUUACACUACUGAACAUACAUUAAAAAAACUUGAAUGUCAUUUUCCAACAUUAGAUUCUGAUCUUCUCUAUGAUAUACUCCGUGAAAAUGAAUAUAAUUAUGAGAUUACAUUUGUUUGUAUAUCAACUAUGUUUGAUGAUAAUGCUUCAAUAACAACUAUGCAUAAAUAUCCAUCAGUAUCGUCUUCAAAUUCUAUAUCAACAAUAAAAACAACAACUGUUGAAUCUGUUCUUGAAUCUUAUGAAACAUUACGGCGGGAUGCUUUUUAUCAUGCACAACAACGUAAAGAAUGUUAUACAAAAGCACAUCAAGCAAAUCGUCAUGGAAUGUCUGGUGUUGCAUCAUUUUAUAUUCAUCGUGCUAGUGAAGAAACUCAUUUAAUGAAAGAUGCUAAUCGAGCUGCAUGCGAACAUUUAUCGCGUUGGAGACUUGAACAAUAUCAUCAAACACACCGACUUGAUCUUCAUGGUUUGCAUUUAAAUGAAGCAUUAAAUUUAUUUAAACAAAUUGAACAAGAAUUUAACGAAGGAAAUCGAAGAACAACUCCAAAAUCUAUUGAAAUUAUAACAGGUUACGGAAAAAAUUCUAUUUAUGGUGGUGGUGGGCAUGGAAAAAUACGUUCAGCUAUUCUGUCAUAUUUACAACAACGAAAUUAUAAGUAA